AUGCCCACAAUAGCCCCGCCGGCAGCCUCGACGCCCACAACAGCCGCGACGCUCAUAGCAGCACUGUCGGCAGCUCGUGACUCCCACAGCAGCACCGCCGGCAGCUCGCAACGCCCACAAGCCACAACAAUCCCGUCGGCAGCCCACUCUCUUCUCUCUUCGCAAUCUCCGUGGCCCUACUGCAGUCAAGCGCUCAUUCUCGGUUGGAUUACAAAAGGUGGAGGUAUUCAUAGAAUGAAACUACAUCUUGCUGGAGUGAAAGGAGAUAUUGGUCCAUGUAAAUCGGUUCCACCUGAUGUCAGAUUUCACAUGGAAAAUUCUUUACAAGAGUUUGUGAAUGCUAAGAAAGCAACCAAAGAAGCAGAUGAAUAUAGAAAUCCUUAUGGUCCUAAUGUUUCACAAUUUGAAGGGGAUAUGACAGAAGGUGAAGAAGAGGUUCAAGAAAUGCAAAGUCGUAUGGCAGCUAGUAGUGGAAAAAGGAAAAAAUCAACAGUGGAUAAGUAUUUUGCACCAAGAAAUAUUGAAGGAGCUCAACCUUCCAUGAGGAGUGUGCUAGCUGGGCGAUAUAAGGGUCCAAAUUACUAUCAGUUGCGGAUUAAUCUUUUAAAGGAUGCCAAGAAGGAAGUUCAGUUACUUGUGGACUCUUAUCGUGCAAUUUGGGCAAAAGUUGGGUGUACAAUAAUGGGUGAUGGUUGGACAGAUAAUAGACAAAGAACACUCAUCAACUUCCUUGUGUAUUGUCCUGAAGGAAUAUCGUUUGUGAAAUCAGUUGAUGCAACUAAUUUGUUUCAGUUAUUUGAUGAGGUGAUUGAAUGGGUGGGUCCACUCAAUGUAGUUCAUGUAGUGACUGAUAAUGCAGCAAAUUAUGUGGCCGCGGGGAGAUUGAUUUCUCAGAAGCAUAAACACAUUAAUUGGUCACCUUGUGCAGCUCAUUGUCUUAAUUUGAUCUUUAAGGAUAUUGGUAAGAUAGACCAUGUUACUGAACUUGUAAGACGUGCAUCAAAGUGUGAUCGCUGGGAGGAAGGGGGUUUUCCAGCAGCACGGGGUGAGGAGGAGGGGGGCGGGGGUUGGCUUUUCCGGCGUAGGGUGUGGACAGGAGGGUUCCUGGGGUAG